GCGGGGCGGAGCGGCGCGAGCGGCCAGGAGCGGCCCGGCCCGGUCCGGCGCGGCGGCGGCAGCGGCAGCGAUAGCGACGCCAGAGCCCGUGGGCACCGUUCGCGAGGCCGCCGGGGCCCGGCCGCACCGCGGGGAGGCCUGGGGGCUGGAGGCCGCCGCUGCCGCCAUGCCGCUGCUGUUCCUCGAGCGCUUCCCGUGGCCCAGUCUCCGUACCUACACUGGCCUCAGCGGCCUGGCCCUGCUUGGCACCAUCGUCAGCGCCUACCGCGCUCUCAGCCAGCCCGAUGCCGGACCCGGGGCUGGGCCCGCGGAGGCGGAGCCGGUAACGGCCCCAGUGCAGCCAGACCCAGCCGCGCUCGUCCGGCCUAGCGUCGGAGGACCCCGGGCCCGCGACGUGGCCCAGUACCUGCUCUCGGACAGCCUUUUCGUGUGGGUUCUGGUAAAUACUGCUUGCUGCGUUUUGAUGUUGGUGGCUAAGCUAAUCCAGUGUAUUGUGUUUGGCCCUCUUCGAGUGAGUGAAAGACAGCACCUCAAAGACAAGUUUUGGAAUUUUAUUUUCUACAAGUUCAUUUUCAUUUUUGGUGUGCUGAAUGUCCAGACAGUGGAAGAAGUGGUCAUGUGGUGCCUCUGGUUUGCUGGACUGGUAUUUCUGCAUCUGAUGGUUCAGCUCUGCAAGGACCGGUUUGAAUAUCUUUCCUUUUCUCCUACCACACCGAUGAGCAGCCAUGGUCGAGUUCUGUCUCUGCUGAUCGCUAUGCUGCUUUCCUGCUGUGGGUUAGCAGUUGUCUGUUGUGUCACAGGCUACACCCACGGGAUGCACACAUUGGCUUUCAUGGCUGCAGAGUCUCUUCUUGUGACAGUGAGGACUGCUCAUGUGAUUUUACGAUAUGUAAUUCACCUUUGGGACCUCAACCACGAAGGGACAUGGGAAGGAAAGGGAACAUAUGUCUAUUACACAGAUUUUGUCAUGGAGCUCACUCUCUUAUCCCUGGACCUCAUGCACCAUAUUCAUAUGUUGUUAUUUGGCAACAUCUGGUUAUCUAUGGCCAGCUUGGUCAUCUUUAUGCAGCUGCGUUACCUAUUUCAUGAAGUACAGCGUCGAAUCCGCCGGCAUAAGAACUACUUGCGAGUAGUUGGGAACAUGGAAGCCAGGUUUGCAGUUGCAACUCCAGAGGAGCUGGCUGUCAAUAACGAUGACUGUGCCAUUUGCUGGGACUCAAUGCAGGCUGCAAGGAAACUGCCUUGUGGACAUCUUUUCCACAACUCCUGUCUUCGUUCCUGGCUAGAACAAGACACCUCCUGCCCAACAUGCAGAAUGUCUCUUAACAUUGCUGACAACAGUCGUGUCAGGGAAGACCAUCAAGGAGAGAACUUGGAUGAGAAUUUGGUUCCCGUAGCUGCAGCCGAAGGCAGACCUCGCCUCAACCAACACAAUCACUUCUUCCACUUUGAUGGGUCCCGGAUCGCAAGUUGGCUGCCGAGUUUUUCCGUUGAAGUGAUGCACACCACCAACAUUCUAGGCAUUACGCAGGCCAGCAACUCCCAGCUGAACGCUAUGGCUCAUCAGAUUCAAGAAAUGUUCCCCCAGGUUCCCUACCACCUCGUACUGCAGGACCUCCAGCUGACACGCUCAGUCGAAAUAACAACAGACAACAUUUUAGAAGGACGGAUUCAAGUACCUUUUCCCACGCAGAGGUCAGAGAGCAUCAGACCUGCAUUGAACAGUCCAGAAAGGCCGAACGGCGACCAGGAGGAGGGGGAAGCUUCUGCCCAGACGGAGCGUGUGCCGCUGGACCUCAGUCCUCGGCUGGAGGAGGCGUUGGACUUCAGCGAGCUGGAGGCGGAGCCCAGUGAGGGUGAGGACUUCGAGGCCCGCGGGAGCCGCUUCUCCAAGUCUGCCGACGAGAGGCAGCGCAUGUUGGUGCAGCGUAAGGAUGACCUCCUGCAGCAAGCUCGGAGGCGUUUCUUGAACAGAAGUUCUGAGGAUGACUCGGCCUCGGAGAGCCCCCUCCCCUCGGAAGGCGCGACCUCUGAUCCUGUGACGCUGCGCCGAAGGAUGCUGGCUGCCGCCGCGGAACGGAGACUCCAGAAGCAGCAGACGUCCUAGCACUUCCUCAGCUGCCUCCUCCUGAGCUGCGCGCCCACCCAAGAGGCCUGUCCCCAGUUCUGCCUGCUGUUCGAAGACGUGGGCUUGACUGCAUUGCCGCUGUAUAAAGCAUGUGGUCUUAAUAGUGUUUGGACAGCUGACAAAUUUAAUCCUUUUUUGUAAUACUUUCUAUGUGACGUUUCUCUUCCCUUUAGAAACACCGCACAUUUUAACCCUAGGCGUGAUCUCUUCUGCAUUGACUGGACUUGCUAGGGGUGGGAGAGGAUCGAGAGAAAGUGGGCAACCGGAGGCCCUGAAGCAGGCAGCUUCUAUGACUGGUUUAUGCAGAAAUCACAACAAAUGCUGGUGUCUUUAGCUCCAAAUUUGGCAGAAAGUGUCUGUGUUUGGGGUGGUGGGAGGAUCGGGGAGGCUGGCAGGGGGUGGGUGGGGGAAGGAUCCAUAAAAAGCAGCGUAGAGAUGUAGAGCCUGGGCCCGACUUCACACCACUGUGUAAUUUCUGUUGUCAGACUGCUGUUCUUAGUGAGGAGGCAUUCGGAAUGUCACAGAGGCCAGACCUACAGGCUCUUGGACUCCUGGACCGACGGGGCAUCUUGGAAAAGCUGUGUUUAGUUUGAUACCUGGAGCAGAAGAGGGGAAAGCCCAGGGACAGAGUGUGAGGGGGUGACCUGUUAUGUGCAGUACAUCCGGGACUGAAUUUCUGAGCCCCUGAUCCAAAGCUGGCUUCAUUUCCGUUAAUGCUGGUGCUCCCCAGCAUAGAGUACACCCGGUGUGGCCUCUCCUCUCUGCACCUCAUUGCCACCACCGCCCCCGCCCCCAACAUGGGGAAGGUCAGCAUUGAAAGGGUUACGCAGCAAGCUUUAGUUCAUGGUUUUAAUUCCUUGGUCACGUAAAUCGGGCAAUGCCAAAGGCUGUGUGUUUGAAAGUGUGGGCCUUAUAAGAAGGGAGAGUAAAUUUUAGGGGGCUUUAUUGAAGAAAUAAAAGAUACCUUUUGAAUCUUUCUUCCCUAGAGCCCUCAUUUUCAUAACUUUGUUCCUGUUGGUUUAAUUCAACAUACAAAGGUAAGAUGAUGAGUCCACCUGCCUUGGAGCAGAACCAGGUCUGAACUUUUUCAAAUCCUUGACAUAUCCAACGUCAAGGAUUUGAAACACGCAAUCAUAGGUUACAUAGUUGAGUUUUAUGUCCUAUUGGAUUAAGUUUUUUUUUUAAUGUUUGAAAGCAUAGUUUUAUGGUAGUCUUUUUGGGAAGAAUCCAGUAUUAUCUAAAAUUAUUUGCAAAGUUAAAUGUAUUUUACAUAACAAAGUUUUUAGACUGUUGAGAAGUAAUUGAAGAUAGAGUGAUGAGUAAAUGUUUAGGAUGAGGUAAUUUAUUUCAAUAAAUCUUUCAAAAGCCUUAUCUUGAAAUGCUGUUAGUAAAUUUCUGUGAUUUUUUUUUUUCUUUUUAAAAUUUGUUUUGCUGAGAGCAUAGCUAUUUGUUUUUAUUGUAAAACAAUAAUAAUAAUAAAAGGCAAACUCUCCUAGUGUGUUGUGUGUGGCUGGGAACUAAGGCAGUUUUUUUCCCAAGGUGUAGAAGUUAGAUCCCAUUUUGAUUUUCUGUGUUCCAUUUUGGUUAGAGGGUUUUUCCAUCCUCAUCCUUUGCAUGUUUUCCACGUUUAAAGAUGACAUCGAUGCCAUGUGUUCUUAUGUUGCAGACGUGUGAAAAGCGAAAAUGUUUUGGAAUCAAUUUAGAAGGACCUGAGACAUUGGAAUAUAGCAGUGUGACAGUGAUUGAAGACAUGCCUUUAAAAUUGACCUACGUCCACCUUUAGCUCUGACAGCUGGAUAGUACAGGAUUCUGGGCACUCGAUAUAUACUGUCUCUUGGCUGUUGACACUGGGGGCUUCUGGGACAGAUGUCAAGGGCACGAGGCUAGAUCAGAGUCCUGGCAUUUUGAGGGCGGUCCUGCCCCAUGGGCUGCUCACUGUGCUGUCUCCAGGAAGGCAGCCUGGAGCGAAAGCCAGGCUGCUGGUUCAGGCCUGUAGAUGGAGGCAUGCCGGGUAUUGUGCAUGGUCGUGGAGGUGCCCUUGCCCCCUUUGGGCUCUUUGGAAGUCAUCUCUGUUACUCCCUCCAUUUGCUUUUGCCCCUUGACCUCUUGGGUUCUCGGUUCUGACACAUUCCCUAAUUUUGAGGACUUUUAUGUCGUGAAGAAACUGAUGGUCCUUGUGGAUGUUUUACUUGGAUUGACAUCAAUCCUGGGUGCCCAGGUGGCCACUUGGACUGGCUUUCCCACUUGAGCUGUGUAGACGAUGUGCUCUUUUAUCUUUAGGCAGCAGACACAGACCUUCCCCACCACAGGAGAGGAAGCUGAGCUCUGCCGCAAUGGGGCCUCACAUGCAGAAGGAGCCACGGCCCCGCUGCCGAACUGGUCCAGGAACCUGUGCCUGCCUGGCUUCCAGCCCUGAAGGCUCUUGUCACCUGGAAGCCUCCAUCUCAUCACCCUUGCUUUUUGUUAAAAAUGGUUCUGAACCUGACUGCAUGUUAGUUGCUUAUGGAGGUUCUAGAAACCAUGAUGCACAGGCUCUGCCCCUCCACAUCUUGUCUAGUUGGUCAUUCCCUGUAUCCUUUCCCAACAGAAUGCUUCUUGUUUUUUUUUUUUUUUGCUUUUUUAGGGCCACACUUGUGGCAUAUGGAAAUUCCCAGGCUAGAGGUCGAAUCGGAGCUGCAGCUGCUGGCCUACGCCAUAGCCACAGCGACGUGGAAUCCGAGCCAAGCCGUGUCUGCAACCUGGUAUCUGAGGUCAUGGCAACCCCGGAUCCUUAACUCACUGAGCGAGGCCAGUGAUCGAACCUGGGUCCUAAUGGAUAAUAGUCGGGUUCAUUUCCACUGAGCCAUAGUGGGAACUACCUGAUUCCCUUUUAAGGAAAAGACAAACUUCUGUUGUUUUUAUUUAUAAAAUUCAUGUGCAAGUUGGGAAAGAACACUUUUAUUGUAGGACUUUCUUUUUUUUUUUUUUUUUUGUCUUUUUAGGGAUGCAGCCUCACCAUAUGGAAGUUCCCAGGCUAGAGGUCGAAUCAGAGCUGCACCUGCUAGCCUACACCACAGCCACUGCAACGCCAGAUCUGAGCCGUGUCUGCGACCUACGUCAGGUGUAGCAACACCGGAUCCUUAACCCACUGAGGCCAGGGAUCGAGCCUGCAUCCUCAUGGACACUAGCCAGGUUCGUUUCUGCUGAGCCAUGGCAGGAACUCCCAUAGGGCACAUUUUUAGAGAAAUUCAUGUGCAUACAUGUGCAAGUCGUGUUCUUCACCCUGCCUCUGCAUCCCCCCUGCUCCCCCUCAGCCAGCAUCAUGAUGUCAAGCUCUGGCUAGGAGGGCAGUUUUCCCGUCGGCAGAGAUGGUUGUGAGCCUCCCUCUGCAGAUAAGCUGGGGCAGGGGGAAGCUGGUAGGAAAAGCGCUGGGUGAGAGGCAGGCCCCGUUAGCUAGCUCAGCAGGCUUGUCACAGCUGAGGAGGGUGUGGAUCUGUUCUUGGUAACAGCAGCGGGGACCAGCCUCUUGCUAGUCCAUGGUCUCUGCAGCUGUAUGAACUCCUACUUUCCAUCCUCACUAGAUUCGAAAGUCCACAGGAAUUGCCCAGGAGAGGCCUCCUUGGGCUCUAAGUGUCUGCAGAGGAUUCCGAUUAACUGAUCUCACUGAGCCCUGCCGUCUCCCAGGUGACAGGAUGGAGCACCUGACUGCUUGGCUAAGCAAUCCAGGGACAUGAUGCAAGGAUUUGGCACAAACAUCCCCACAUGAGAAAGAGCGAACACAGGUCACUGAAACAAAGGAAAAGGUGGAGGGGUGCGCACACAUCCAUCUGAGAGACGGAGAAGCGAAAUGUCAGCAGGGGGUAAACCACAACCCGGUUCCCAAAGACUGAAAGCUGACCUGGUAUGUAAUACAUAGUUCUUAUCAGGACAAAGAAAAACUAAAACAACUGGAAAAAAAUGAGAAAGUAACUGUAGAAAGGGGUUGGGGGGAAACUGUUUUCUAUAGGGCUCUAUUUAUAUAUAUGUUCUGUAUUCUUUUGGGGGCAGCUACUGGCCAGUGAGAGCUGUGCUUUUUCUAUACAAACCUGGAGCGAGCGUGUGGUUGGAGGGGCUCAGGGCUGUGGGUCUGGGUUGGGGGAGGGCUGUGGGCGGUGAGGCCGCAUCUGGAAAGUGGGGCCUGGGCCGCUGUGGGGACCAGCGCCCCCGUGCGGACAGGCGGCACCUCUGCAGGUGGGAUGGGGAGGGCACGGAUGCAUGAGUGUACGUACGUUUCUUCAAAAAAGAAAAGAAAGAUGGAUGAGAUGGUGAGUUUUCCUUUUUCCUUUUGUUUUUUGUUUUUUUUUUAAGCUACAAAGCACAUGAGAAAUGUUCUUCUUUUCCUUUCAAAUUCUAAAUGUAAAGACUCAACUAAAACCGGAUUCUACAGCAUUCUACAGAAAUACACAGCCGUCAGUCACUCUGGGUCGUAGGUUAGACAGGGGCUUGAUACAGAAAGGCUGUGUGUCUUACAAAGGCCAAAAGGUCAUGCUACCAGGAGAUCAACG